AUGAUAGCAUACAUUGUUUUUGUUUUAAGUGUCAUACUUGUGGUUAGUUUUGUGGGGGUUUCUUCGAAGCCUUCACCUAUUUAUGGGGGCUUAGGGUUGAUUGUGGGGGGUGGUGUGGGGUGUGGAAUUAUUUUGAGUUUUGGUGGUUCGUUCUUAGGCUUAAUGGUGUUUUUGAUUUAUUUGGGGGGAAUGUUGGUUGUGUUUGGUUAUACUACAGCUAUAGCUGCCGAUCAGUACCCUGAGGUUUGAGUUUCUAAUAAAGUUGUGUUGGGGGCAUUUCUUUUAGGGUUGAUAGUAGAAUUUCUAGUGAUGUUUUAUGUAUUGGAGGGGGAGGAGAUGGAGGUUGUGUUUGAGCUUGAUGGGCUGGGGGAUUGGGUGGGUUAUGAUACGGGGGGUUCUGGGGUCUUUAGUGGAGAGGCUAUAGGGGUUGGUGCAUUGUAUAGUUAUGGGGUUUGGUUAGUGGUUGUUACUGGUUGGUCAUUGUUUGUUGGUGUUGUUGUUGUUAUGGAGAUUACUCGGGGUAGUUAA